CGGUACAAUAAUCAAAGAUCAGAUAGAUAAAAUAAAUUAGAAUAUAUUUGAUUUUGUUAAUCCUAAUUAUUUUUCCGAAAACCCGCCAUAUUUAACAACAAAAACGAUAUGAUGCAAGCCAUAUAAAAGUCAGCAAUGGAAGAAGACUUAGGAAAGUACAUCAAGUAAAGAAACGAGACGAUUUGAUAGAUAAAGACGGGAACUUUAAACAACGGAGAAUUCAAAAAACUAUGUCGAUGCCAGACACGAAUAACAAUAAUUCUUCGGGUCAAGAACAAUCUUUAGAAGCUUCGGUAAGGAUAGAGAAUUCACCGGGUAAUGGAAAAGACAAGGUGGAAGAAUUUAACAAAAUAUUCAGUGAUCGAGUUAAAAGAGUUAACGAAAAGGCAGAAGGAUCCACAGCCAAUAAUGAGGCUAUUUUAAAUAAUUUAAGUGCAAAUGAAAUUAAUGUAAUUGAAAAAUCGAAACAUUUAUUGUAA